AUGUUAGCUAGCAGCUGCUGCAGACAGGACAGUGCUACAAACAAGACGAGUUUUAUCUCCCUUCUCUUUUCCAUCUUUCUCUGUGUCUCUCACCUUUCUCGUAUGAAGGCUUACAAGCCCUGCAUAACUUUCGGGCAUUUGCAUGAAAAUUUUCAAAAACCGCGUGACCACACAACAGAAAAAAAAAAAAAAAAGUCAUCGCGCACACACACAAACACACAUGCUUGGAAAAUAGCUGUAUGGUUGGUUGACCCUGCCUUCUAA